UUACAAGGCACUAUGUAAAUAUACUAGUAAUCCUUUGACUGAGAUAUCUUGUCUUGCUUGAACUAUGUUCGUGUCGUGGCCCAUGAGCUUUGUAUCUUGAUCGAUCGUUACAGGUGCCUGGGGUAUACCGUUGUAGAUGUAUGCUAAGUGGAAGAAAUUUUCCAUAAUGGCUACAAGAGCAAUAGUGCGAAGGAAGAAGUAUCUCUUCCAUUCCCUAAAUCAGCAGACUAGCUUGGUCCGAUUUUUUUCAAGCUUUGAGCAUGAGCAGUCAUCUAACCUUCCUGCUUCAUGGGGUUCAAGAUGGGGUUUGAGUCAUCCAUCCUCGGACAGAGAUCAUGGAAAAGAAGACUCGUACUCCUUAAGCAGGGAGGAAUUGUUUGUUUCUCGACCAGGAGGAUUGCUCAGGCAUUACUCUUGCGAAACUACAACUCUUGGAUGUAGAGUUGGACUAACAGUUUCUAUUCCUUCUUUGGGAUAUAGAUGUACGUCAGAAUUGAUUAAUUAUUCUUCUACCGCUGCAACAGGCCAACGUGAAAAUGAUGGGAAAGAAGAGGGGCCUGUUAAACAAAUAAAGGAAGCUUCACCAGAGGAAUGUGACCAAGCGGUCGAGGGGUUGAGCUCGGUGAAAGCAAAAGCAAAGCAGUUGCAAGAACCACAAAAGGGUGCUAAAUCAAUCAUAAAAAGAUUAUGGGCUAUGCUUUUAGGGAUAGGACCAGGUUUGAGAGUUGUUGCUUCUAUGAGCAGGAUAAGCACAAGUGUUUUUGAAGUUGUUUCUCAACAUGUUGCCAUCAACCUUCCAGGACAAGAUGAAAGAACGUACAGGACAUCGAAUGCGCGCAGCCAACUUGAAAAGAUUUUGGAGGACCAUGAACAGAUAAAUAAGCAAAUCGAAUUGCAAAGCAAAGAGCUUGUGCAGCGUGAGAAAGAGCUAGAGAAACGGGAGGCCCGAAAUGAAGAUGAGAGGAAGAAGCUCGACUCUGAGAAGAAAAUGGAUGGAAGAGUAGCAAUGCCCAAUCUCCCACUUGAUUGGAGUAUAUUCGUAGGUGCUUUUGCAAAUCUUGAAAAUGCUUGUUUAACAAACAAGGGAAAAUUAAUGUCCUGCGCGUGGGCUAUGUGUUAG